ACCAGAGCAAUGAGUGCUGCAAUGCCCUCACACUUGGAUCAUACCCACUGAGUCAUCAUCAGGCCACCUGGUGUGUGCAUCACUAGACACAAGGCAACAAACUCUCGGCUGUCCUCAGGACUUCUGCUCACACGAACAGCCCAAAUUGAAGAAGGAAGAACCUCUGGAGAUGUCUUCCAAUACUGACCCUGUUGCAAUACCAAUGAUAGAAAGAAAUCCCAAUGACCUUCCUGGAAUGGACACCAGUGACCAAAACAUAUUGACUCGAAAGGCUGUGCUAAGUUUUCAUAACAUCAGCUAUCAAGAAAGAGUGCAAAGUGGUUUUGCAUUUUGUAAAAAAACAUGUGUGAUAGAAAGACUAUCAAAUAUGAGUGGGAUCAUGAAACCUGGCCUUAAUGCAAUUAUGGGACCUCAAGAUGGGAGCAGAUCUUUGUUAUUAGAUGUCUUAGCUGCAAGGAAAGAUCCACGAGGAUUAUCGGGAGAUAUUUUGAUAAAUGGAAAACCUCGACCUGCCAAUUUCACAUGUACUUCUGGUUAUGUGCCACAGAAUGACAUGGUGAUGCGCACGGUGACUGUAAGAGACAACAUAGAGUUCUCAGCUGCUCUUCGACUUCCACUGACUAUGACAAGAGAUGAAAAACGAAGGCGAAUUAAUGAAGUCCUUGAACUUCUGUGUCUAGAUAAAGAGUCAAAUAUCAAGCCUGGAUCUAAAGAGCUCAGAAAAAGGACAAGUAUAGCCAUGGAGCUGGUUGCUGAGCAUCCCAUUUUGUUCUUGGAUGACCCCACCAAUGGCUUAGACUGGAGCACUACUACUGAUGUCAUCUCCAUCCUGAGAAGGAUGUCUAUGAGGGGACGGACCAUCAUCUUCUCCAUUUAUCGGCCCCAGUACUUCAUCUUCAGAUUUUUUGACAGCCUCACCUUAGUGGCCUCAGGAAAAGUCAUGUUUCACGGGCCUGCACAGGAGGCUUUGGAGUACUUCAGAUCUGCAGGUUACAACUAUGAUUCCCACAACAACCCUGCAGACUUCUUCCUGAACAUCAUUAAUGGAGGUUUCUCUGCUCUAUUAGACACAGAAAAAGAUGACCAUGAAGCCAAUGAACAUAAAGAGCUUUCUGAGAGACAGAACCAUGUCAGCGAAAACUUAGCCAAUAUGUAUACACAGUCUUCCUUAUACAGCAAAAUGAGAACUGAACUGGAUCCACUCUUGGAGGAACAAACGGCAAGAAGGAGCUCAGCCUUGGGGGAGAUCACGUGUGUCACCCCUUUCUGGCAUCAGCUUGAGUGGAUGAUCUGUCGUUCAUUUAAAAGUUUCAAGGGUUUUCCACGGACCACUAUAAUUCGGGUAAUUAUCACAAUCAUAGUUGCUGUCAUUUUGGUUACUCCUUUCAGUUCCUUACAAAAUGAUUGUACAGAAGCCCAGAAGAGAGCUGUCUUGCUCCUUUUGCUUACAGGUUUUGAAUGUAUCACAAGCAUGUCUUCCAGAGAGCUCUUUAUGAUUGACAGGGAUCACUUUCUACAUGAGCACACCAGUGGAUACUACAGAGUGUCAUCAUAUUUUCUUGGGAAAUUGCUGGGUGAUCUGGUACCCAGGAGGUUAUUGCCAAAUAUUAUAUUUACUGUUAUACUUUUCAGCAUAGCAGGAGUAAAAACAGAUGUGAAGGGUUUCUUCACUAUGAUAUUUAUUGUCUUGAUGUUGGCUUAUUCUGCCAGUUCGCUGCCACUGUCUUUAGGAGCAGGGGAGAAUGUAGCAGCUAUACCAACACAAUUUAUAACCACCUAUUUUAUGUUCAUGAUGUUUAUCUCAGGUCUGUCCCUACAUUUCAUGAACUUCAUGCAGAACCUCUCAUGGAUUUACUACUUUAGCAUUCCUCAUUAUGGCUUUACGGCUUUGAUGCACAACGAAUUUAUGGGACAAAACUUCUGUCCAGAAAGAAACACAUCAGAAGUCGGGAGAUGUAAGAACUUUUUAAUAUGUUCUGGUGAAGAAUACUUGAUGACCAAGGGCAUCGAUCUCUCACCAUGGGGCUUCUGGAAGAAUCACGUGGCCUUAGCUUGUAUAAUGAUUAUUUUCUUAUCAAUAACCUAUGGGCAGUUAUUAGCUCUUACAAAAAAAAAAGAGUUUUAAAUUAGUCUUCAAUUUUCUUUGAAUUAAACUGACAUUAAAAACCUAAAAUGUUGCCAGCAGGUGGUCAUGUCUGAGGAGUAGAUGGUGGCACUUGGAUUUUGUGAGAUUGGCUCACCAGAAUUCAAGGCACUGAUGUGUAAACCUCAGAUAGGCAAGUUCCUGAAGGCUUUGGCUCCAGAAUGUCUCCUGUUACUGUUGUACCUUUAUAAAUGUUUUACUGUAUGUGGAACUUAAUUUUCACCAGUAAUACAUAAAAUAUUUAAUCA